GGCUUGGCGACGAGAAAGUGUAUGUCGAAUGGUGAAUGGUUUGUUCACCCUGAGUUCAACACAUCUUGGACAAAUUACAGUGCCUGUACCCCACAAAUAUUACAGAAUCCUACACACCCGGGGCUUCUCCUUCAGCGACUUGAGUUAAUGUAUCAUAUUGGCUACGGAGUUUCAAUCAUAGCUUUAACUGCUGCCUUUCUGAUUAUGAUGUACUUCAGACGCUUGCGGUGCCCAAGAAAUAUAGUCCACCUGAAUCUGUUCAUGUCAUUCAUAUUCCGUGGUGCUCUGUCGUUUAUAAAGGACGGUUUAAUGCUCCUACUAACAAUGUUCCACUAUGUUUUAUUAGCUAACUAUUUCAGUUCAGUUUUAAUUCAUUUCAUUUCAUUAAGUACCUCUCAAUUCAUUUCGUUUCAUUUCAUUUCGUUUCAGCACUGGCAAUGCAAACUACUACUAGCAAUGUUCCACUACGUUUUAUUGGCCAACUAUUUUUGGUUGUUUAUCGAAGGACUGAAUCUACACACUCUAAUCAUAGUGGCCGUAUUUUCAGAGAAAAAUAGAAUUAAAUGGUAUAUCGGCUUGGGUUGGUUAAGUCCCUUGAUAUUUGUGAUUCCGUGGGUUGUCGUUCGAGCGCUGUUGGAAGAUACGUUGUGCUGGAACACUAAUCCCUCGCCGGGGUUUUUGUGGAUAAUGAGAGCACCCGUUGUGAUAUCUAUAAUUGUUAAUUUUGCCUUUUUUAUAAACAUAGUCCGAGUAUUAUUUUCGAAGUUAAAAGGUUACAAUACAUCUAAAUCACGGAGAUGUCGGCACAGAAGAUUAGCCAAGUCUACGCUGGUUUUGAUUCCUUUAUUUGGUGUCCACUAUAUGCUGUUCAUCGGUUUCCCUGACAACCUUUCAGCCAUUCUGGAACUGGUUAGAUUAUACUAUGAGAUGUUUUUUAAUUCGUUUGAGGGGUUCUUAGUUGCUCUUCUAUAUUGUUUUCUCAAUCAAGAGGUCCAGUCCGAAAUACGAAAGAUGUGGGUCAGAUACAAGCUCAAAACAAAUUCCAGAAAAUUUCGAAGACUGUAUUGGCAAACAGCGUCAUCGAAAUUCGUGAAAAACCCCAGCCAAUGGCAUUUAAUGAAUCCAAUAAGCUCGGAGAAACGUGAUGUGCAAAAUCCGAAUUUAAAUUCCAGUUCGGAUAAUAGUUCGGAGGAUAAAAAACGUUUAGGAAUGCGCGUGCAUUUAGAAUCUAGACAAGGUAAUGGAUUUAUGUUGAAAUCGCCGUCGAAUUCCAUAGAAUGUCGAGUGGCUUUAACUCCAGAGGAUGUGUAUGGGUGA